AUGGAAUUGUCCAAGAAGCAAUCCCAUCCGGACAUGGCUGCCUCAGCCUCUGAUCAAGCUUCACAUCCCCCACCCCCGUCCGCCCCUGCCCCGAGAAGGCGGAAGAACCACAGGGGGGGAAGGAGGAAGAAGCAGAGAAGAAAGUCAUUUGCCGCUCCCGCCGACGAGAUAGCACAGGACAACGUUAACGAAGGAGUGCUGGAAGACGCCUCGCAGCGCUUCUACGCGCGGCCUGGCGGCAACCUAAGCACGACAAGCAUCGAAAGCGAGUCGCUGUUGGACCACAGGGCAGAUAGCGACGAGGAGGACGAGGGUGCGCCUCUUCUCUCGAGCCCGGUUUUCCCGAGAAGAGAUACUUUUGGCGGUUACGGAUCUGCAGAUGCUUCGCGGAAGAACGGGCCCCCCAGCCACAGCGGCUCGAGCAAGGCGAGCAGCGCCAGGGGAAGACAGCCGGCCGAUUCCUACAAUGUCAAUUAUCCGCCCUCGGUCCCAGGGUCGCCCGCCCUGCACCCGACAAACCGCAUGUCCAUGAGCUUUGGCGACGUGCUCCUGCGUGACGAGAUCGACCGCCGCGAGACCUCGACGACCAGAGGGAGCGGGGACGAAGGUGGCCGACCGUCACCAUCGGACAGGAGGAAGACCAUUGCGCUACAAGCCGAAGAAGACGUGUGCUUUCCGCAAGACGGCCUCUCCGAACUCGGAGACGAGGAGCCCUCCACUCGCGAUCGUGACUCGGCGUCCCGCCAGAGGACUCGAAGGCGGUGUGGGAAAUGGCCAGACCUUUCCAUCUUGGACGAAUGGAGUCGGUUUGAAAAGGAGGGCCGGAGCGAGGAGCGUCGUGUGAAGCGGAUCACGGAACCGCAGCUGAUUGACGGGAGGCUGAGGCCUGUUCACCGGGGAUGGUUUCAGGCCGAGGAGGCCGCCCCCUACCGCUUCACGUACUUCAACGAAGAGCUCCCGAGCACCAUCCAUAGUCAGACCAUCUCCGAGCUGGUACAGCCCGGGGGCACCUUCAGAGACCUUUUCAUGCCCGAUCCCCCGAUUCUCUCGGACACCUCGGAUGGCGAAGAAGAGCAGGAGCAAGAACUUGACUUGUUUCAGGUGCUCGGAGGACAGAGCGGCGACCCAAGGAUCCCAGCAAGACAGCCGUCUCUGGCAGCCACAAGCCAGGAAUUCGAGCGGAAAACGUCCACAAACAGUGAGGCGACUAGAACGGGACCGGGCGGAUGUGCCCCCUCAGACCUAAAGUCGCCGGACGCUUCCAAGCCGGCCCAGAAUGGCAAACCGUCGAAAGCGCUCAAAUACGGAGAUCGCCCGGUCUGGUGGCUCGACGUUCUCAGUCCCACCGAGGCCGAGAUGAAGGUGCUCUCCAAGGCCUUUGGGAUCCACCCGCUCACGGCCGAGGAUAUCAUGAUGCAGGAACAGCGAGAGAAGGUGGAACUCUUCCGCAACUAUUACUUUGUCAACUACCGCUCUUUCGACCAGGACCGGGCCAGCGAAAAGUUCCUCGAGCCCGUCAACAUGUACGUCGUCGUGUUCCGGGAGGGCGUCCUCAGCUUCCACUUCUCCGUCACGCCGCACCCGGCCAACGUGCGGCGGCGUAUCCGCCAGCUGCGCGACUACCUGAUCCUCUCGUCAGACUGGAUCUCGUACGCCAUCAUCGACGACAUCACGGAUGCAUUCGGCCCCCUCAUCCAAAACAUCGAAGACGAGGUCGACGACAUCGACUAUGCGAUCCUGCAGAUGCACUCGGAAGAAGACCACGCCUUGAGAGAGGAGAGGAGGCGGCUCAACGAGAAAUGCGACGCCUCGGCCGAAGUGAGGUCGGCCGAGGCCGGGCGGGAUAUGCUCCGGCGGGUCGGAGAUUGCCGCAAGAAAGUCAUGUCGCUGUAUCGCCUGCUCAGCAACAAGGCCGACGUGAUCAAGGGGUUCGCGAAGCGUUGCAACGAGCACUGGGAGGUGGCACCGCGGUCCGAGAUCGGCUUGUACUUGGGCGACAUUCAGGAUCAUAUCGUGACCAUGACUUCGAACCUGAGUCACUAUGAGAAGAUCUUGGCUCGCUCCCAUGGGAACUACCUCGCGCAAAUCAACAUACGCAUGAAUGAGCGGCAGGAGCAAACGGCUGACGUCCUCGGAAAGCUGACCGUGUUGGGUACCAUCGUGCUGCCGAUGAACAUCAUCACCGGUCUGUGGGGCAUGAACGUCUGGGUGCCAGGGCAGGAGUACGAGGGAGAUCUCAAAUGGUUUAUCGCCAUCACCACGGGCCUGAUCCUCUUUGGGGUCGCGUGUUACCUGAUUGCGAAGAGGGUGUACAAUAUUGUUUGA